CCCGCGCGGCAGCUGCUGCUGCUGACACCCAGGCGAGAGCACAGAGCUCGAGCGAGAGCUGCAGCAUGGCCGGGCUGCUUCACCCUUACAGGGGCAGCCCCCGCUGCACCGCCACGGCCGUCAAUCUCAUGCUGGGGGUCUUCCAUGUCCUGUUGCCCUGCUUUCGUCAAGGAGGGGGGCAAGUGAUUGAGCCGGUCCCCAGCAUGGUGGAGCUAUGGCAAGCUGAAGAUGCUGAGCUGAUGCUUCCCCCACAGGCUGAUUCUGAUCAGACCACGGGGGAACAUUCGCAGGAACAAUCUUACCCAAGGCCUAGUGGGAGGGCCUUACACCUUCAACCGUCCGUUCUGGAUUUUGGGUCUCAGCCUGUGGGGCUCCCCAAAGCACAGUCCUUCUGCGCAUUCAACCCUAGUUGGGACACAAAUGUUGAAGUGAAGUCGGUGUUUACAAAUGGUAGACAUUUCCAUGUGUCUCCCAUACAGAGCAGGGUCAUUCCAGCCCGUGGCCGAUCUUCUUUCACAGUGGUGUUCUUUCCAGAGCUGGAGGGAAGUUUUGAAGGAACUUUAUUUCUAAAUACUACUUCACAUGGGAUCCUGUCCUACCAGGUGUUUGGACUGGGAACCUCUAUGUUUGUCUCUAAUGAUUCCAGGAAUCCACUUCAGAAUAUAGAUGUCAUAUUCCCACACCUUGAAAAUAUUCACCUUUCACAGUCACAGACAGAAGCCAUUAAUUCCAGUGUGUGGCAAGUCCGCCUGAAGUGCAGCGUACCUUUUAAAAAGCAGCAGCAGUGUAGGAGCUGCUUUUUGUCAGGACACUCACUUCUGCUGCAGAUCUACUUUGCCGUCCGGCUGGAUGGCGGCCAGCAGGACUUGGAGACUCUCCGGAAGUACAUACUGGAGAAUAUUUUUAUGAUCUUUGUUACAGCUGACCCACAAGAAAACCUCGAUGACCCGACAAUGCACGUGUAUGUAUUAAAUUCCGGGAACGGUCUUGUCCACAUGCAGGAUAUUCAUCAUUUUCUGGGAGAUAGUUUAUCUGUCCAGUUCGAGCCUGUGAUGCUUCUGAGUUCUUCCAUAAACUUCACGAAAGCUGCCAGCGUUUCUUGCACAGUUGCCGCCAGUGAUCCAGAGUUUGAUUGCAGCGGGAAAAAAAAGCUGACCGUCUUAGAAGCUGCUUCACCUCCUUACUUGUGUUUUUCUCGCAACGUGACAGAGGGGUAUAUAAAAUUUGACACUUCAAAAAUAUCAUUCUACAUGCAACCAUUUCAGGACCCUGUUGGUUUAUGGUCAGUUUGGUUGGAAAAUAACCUAAACUUUCGUAUUUCCCUUUUUGAAGUGGUGCUAGCAGACGAAGCCAAGAGUAUAUUUAAGAUCCGUAACUUCACCCACAUGUCAGCAUUGCCUCCAGGCUGCUGGGAUGUGUUUACGUUGAAGAUCCAAGCCAAAGACACGCAGUUAGAUCACCUGACAAAAAUGCGGAUCACUACUUCCACAGGAGUCGCGUAUGAAGUCCCAAUUCACAUUCACUCUGUGUUUUCUAAGCCAGGGAACCCACAGUUUAAGAAGCUUCAUGCGCAGUGUGGAUUGCACCCGAUUAUCAGAAGCCUUGAUCAUGAACAAAUGCAUCGAUGGCAGAAGACUUUUUCCUUGGGGUUGUCUGCUUGGAGUGUAGAUUAUGAGCUGGGAACAGAGUUGUAUGAAAAAUAUCAGAAGUUGCAAGAUGGGGCAGCCUGCAGAAAGAAAACAUCGGAAGCUACCGGUUCCGUACAGCAGAACAGAGAUGCCGAGAAACCCAUUUCCCGACUGCUGCAAUUGAUCGCUGAGCCGGGGCUCGUUGUAAACUUUGCCGCGACUGCGCUGAGUAACAGUUCGGUGAAUUAUGUCACCCUAAAGAACCCUUCCCCCUUCCCUGUGACGCUUCAGCUUCUACCUCUGUCCCUUUAUCCUAAUCCACAGGCUCUUCUGGCUCUGCUCAGCAAAUGGUACGGAGUCAGCGAAGAGGGAAUUGACUUCACAACAGCUGAAUUCAGACUUCAGAAGGAACGCAGACAUCCGCUCGAGGAACAGGAUGAUCGCAGCCUUGAAAUACUUGAAUUAACGUUGCUGCCUUGGGAAAGUCGCCAGGUUGGGGUAGUCUUUACACCGACGGACUAUAGGAAAGUCACUUCGCUCAUCGUAAUCAGGAAUAAUUUGACUAUAUUAGACAUGAUCACCGUGGAAGGUGUUGGCGCUAGAGAAAUGUUGCGUGUUGGUGGGAGGCUGCCCGGAAUAGGGGGAUCCCUAAGAUUCAAGGUACCGGAGUCCACGCUAAUGGACUGCAGGCAACAACUGAAAGAAAGCAAACAAGUGUUGUCAAUAACAAAAGUCUUCAAAGUGGAAAAUAUUGGCUCUCUGCCUAUAACCGUUCUAUCCAUGAAGAUAAAUGGAUACAACUGCCAAGGGUUUGGCUUCGAGGUUUUAGAUUGCAACACAUUCUCUCUCGGCCAAAAUAGUUCCCGUGAAUUGAGUAUUGUGUUCAUUCCGGACUUCACGUCGUCGUGGGUAAUCCGUGAGUUGACCCUCGUGACUGCAUCCAGUCUGGAGUUCCGCUUUACUCUCAAUGUUACCCUUCCCCAUCACCUGUUACCCCUGUGCGCGGAUGGCGUGCCGGGACCAAGCUGGGAAGAGUCAUUUUGGAGACUAACUGUGGUUUUUGUAAGUUUUUCUCUCCUUAGUGUAGUUUUAAUAGCCUUCCAGCAAGCACAGUAUAUUUUGACUGAAUUUCUAAAGCUGAGACAUCGAAGCGGCGGCGUCAGUUCUAACUGUCAGCAAAAUCCCAGCACGGUGGAUACAAUCUCAUCGGAAUCCUACAGGAGCAGUUGUAAGAGCUUUUCUGACUCGUGCAGCCCUCCGGAUAAAGGGAAAGGAAAAGGCUUCCUUGCUGUUACUGCUCCGCCGAGCAGGAGCCAAAAUGCUUCCAAAAGAGGACCCGCUUCCUACAGCCACUCUCAGAAGAAGCACAAGUGUUCUGUGUAUUACAGCAUUAAGCAGAAAUCCAACAGUUCGACGGGCAGCGCGGCCGCGGCAUGCGAUGCAGGUCAGCAGCAUACCUCAGACACGCGGCCACCCUCGCCGAGGGACUCGCCGUGCAGCGAGGCUCCGCGCGAAAAUUGGCCAGACUGUAAACCUAGCGAUGCUUCAGAUACGGGUAACCAAAAGCACUUAACCAGCCCAGCAGCCGCUCUGGGCAAAGAGGAACCUUCACCGCAAAACACACUUCUCCCGCAAAGAACUGCUGGCGAAAGCACUUCCAAGGAGGAGCCCAUUAAAUGUAUGUUUCCAAUGGAAACGAGCCUAAAAAUCUCAGAGAGCGUAUCUGAGCCCAAACAGCAGGACUCCUGCGUGACCGUGUCUAGCAAAGUGCCGGAAAAUCACUCGUCAAGGAGUCUGCAGCAGACCGCCUCCAAGAAGAUGGAGGGAAAUGGACGCAGGGUGUCCCUUGGCUUAAACCGUGAAGGCUCUGAUACUGCAAAAAAGCAUAUUGUCAGAGAAGGAACCUCAGAAAGGAGCGUUCAGAGUGUACCCAGAGAAGAGAGAACUUGUGGCAGAUCAAAUAUUUCCCCAGUAAAGCAAGAAGAUUCACUUAGAAAAAAAAGCCCUGUGGAGAAAAGAGAUGGAAUAUUUCCAAAUUUAAAUUGGAAUAAAAAUAGAACGCAAGCCAGAAAAAGCAAAAAGAAGAACAGUGUCUUUACCGCAAGGGGUACGGAUCAGUAUGAAAUGAAAAUUAAGUCUCAAGAGCCGGAAAGGCCAGAAGUAAGAAUCCAAAACAGGGUGAAAAAUUGGAGUUCAUUUGCAAAUGGAGAUGUGUGUAAAGUGGAGCAAAAAAGUGCAAGAUUACCAGCCCGUGGGGAAACAGAAUGCUACCAGAUUCUCAAAAGGAAAUGCAUGGAUAAGUUUUCUUCGGACUCUAGCUCUGACUGUGGUAGCUCCCGUGGUAGCGUGAGAGCCAGCCGUGGCAGCUGGGGAAGCUGGAGUAGCACUAGCAGUUCUGAUGGCGAUAAGAAGAAUGCUCUUCCUAAACAGCACUAUUUCCCAACAAGGGACACUAUUUCACAGAGUGGCUUUCCUUCCGAGGCCCCAAUUGCCCUUAACCUUUCUCACAACAUUUGCAAUACGAGCUCUGAAGCAAACCCCAUCUCCCGUUACCCAGAGGUCUUAUCUCCUUCAUUUACGAAUGCUUCAGAUGCUGAAAAACGCAAAGGUCUUUACCCUCAAGAUGAUCUGUGGUCCAGUCAGCCUGUGUGUUUGACAAAUGAUUUGAACUAUAAUCUUGAGAGCACCAUGACAUGUGUUAUGCAGGAUCCACCUCCUGUCCAGAACAGUUAUGUUAAUUGGAACGGCUCGUGUGAUGGACAGUUUUCCAGAAUGUAUGGUUCCCUUGAGUUAAAUGACUUCAGCUCUUAUCCAGAAGAAAAUAUGAACUACCACAAUGGCUUCCCAUGUCCUGAAGCUCAGAAUCCAGCUUUCAUUGACCACCAGUGUCAAUCAACUUGGAGUAUGAAUGGUCCCUCAGCUCCACCCACUCCCCAGACACCUACAGUGCCUAGCACAUGGGAGCCAGCGAGUUAUGUCAGCACUUCUCCGUACCUCUCCAGCACCAGGAGUUUGUCUCCCAUGUCAGGAUUGUUUGGAUCCAUCUGGGCUCCGCAGAAUGAUGUAUUUGAUGGGUACUGCCCAGCCAGUGGCUCUCCUCCUCAUUCCCAACAUGUUGGCAAUCACUCUGUGAUAUGCAAGCAGGAGUACUCUUCCAGAUUUAACCCUUUUCAUGCUUAUAUGAACCUGGACAUUUGGACAGCGACUGCAAACAGGAGUGCAAGUUUCCCCAUUUCCAGGGAUUCGGGGUACUGUGGGAACAUGUGAACUGAGUUAAAUCCAAGACAAUGUGAAUAAUGAUGUUGCAGUUUAUGAUCACUAGAGUGAGCAAGUUGUUGGAGUAGAGUACAUGUUGGUGAAUAUUUUGGCACUUUUUAUAUGGAUAAUAAAUUUUUCUUUUUUUUAUUAUUGAA